AUGCUGGCGUACAAGCAGUCUUUGACAAAAGCUCACACUGAACGGCUCGGCGGUCUGCUGGGUCUGCAGCAUCCACUAGCCCCGGUCGGUAGUUCGGGAAUCGCAUCAAUACAGCCAGUGGCGGAAGCAACACAGCCGCCGAUGUUGCCGUCAGUGUUUGACAACUUGAUAAUGAUCGUGGAUCGCGAGGACACGGUUGUAUGGACAAGCGACUCGAUCCGUGCCUGUGCGGGCAUGUUGUUCAACCCUGCCGCAGGACGAGACAAUGUUGGCGCAGGUUGGCAGUCGGAGACGCUCGGCGGGAAGCUGGUUAAGGUUUCCGAUCUGCUCGCUGAUGAACAGGAGGUAUCGUGGUGGCAGGAGGCAUGUCGCGAGAUCCGCUCGAUGCAGUCUCAGGAACAACACGCUUCGGCCACCUCAGAGGAACCCACUCGAUUCAGGAAAGAGAUAGUGCUCGCGCGGCGCAAUCCGCAAAGGGACAACACACUAAUCGAGCUAGCUAUCGUCGCCACACGCAACCCCCAAGCUGCAGAAAAUGGCUUCCUCAUGGUCCAGCUACGGCCUGCCUCGAUCCCAGCCAUCGCCACCGUAUCCUCGCAUCCCUCACUCUCGCAUCCUUCUCGACCCUCGUUUCGCGCUGAAGACCCAAGCGGCACGCGGGCAACUUCCGAGCUGCGUCUGCUCGUCUCGCGAAGCGGACUCAUCCUGCGCACCACCUCUCCAACCAACCCUGCCACACGGUCCAGCCAGGGGGAUUCGAUGCGGGGUAGCGCAGAAGCGCGGGCGAUCUAUGCGCUCUUUGGCGACAGCACGAGUGUGCCCGCGUUCGGACAGAGCCUAGUGGACGUGCCCAGGCUUGCACCGCUGUUGCACGUGGUUGCGCAGGCUGCGGUCGUCGGUCUUGCCCAGACAGUGCAACUAGCAGCGGGGGGCAGACAGAUCACGGCGACUGUUCAGCCGGUGCUGAGGAGUGCCUCGGUCGGCGCCGAGGGGAGUAGACGUACUCAUGCUGCAGCGGCCAAGGUGUGGAUCACGCUGUCCGCGCCUAGCGCGACUGUCUUGCGACGAUCCAGCUCGAUCAUGCCGCGUACAGUGACAGGUUUUGGUAGCCGGGGUGCGGGGGUGACGGAGAUGGCGCACCUGAUGAGUCCGCAAAGCCGUGGUGCGGGCCUCGAUCGGCGUCACAGCUACCAGGCGUUCAAGCAGGACCACAGCUUUCACGCACCGUUCGGGGCGGUGCCUUUUCCUAACCAAGCUGCUGCUGAUGAUGCUGCUUCGGCCGCGUCUUAUUUCAGGCAGCCAGGAGCAGCACAGACAACAUCAGCGAACCAACAGCACUCCCCCACCUACGGCAAGGGCAGAGAAGGCAGCACGCAGCCCACGCCCGAGUCUCCGCUUCCGGACAGCCAGAACAGUCGCAUGGAAGGCAGCUUGCCUGUCAACGACAGUCUCAGCAUGCUCAUGGCGCAACUCGAGCAAGAGAACCGCAACUUGCAGCGCCAGAUCGACGCACGCCGGCGCCGACGCCAGAUGCAAGCGCAACCGUUCGUGCACCCCUUCACGCAGCCGCAGUGGGGUGCAACGCCUACACAGCCGUUCCAAAGCCAUCACUCGUCGUUUCCAGCCCUUUCCCCCAGCGCUUUCCUCGGAGAUACGGUGCCAGGAAGCUGUCCGACCAGGCUACAAUAUCUUCCUUAA